AUGCCUGUCCCUCCCCAGCUGGAGUACAGCUUCACUUUACAUGUCGACUUAGAUCAUCCUCUUGAAAUUGGCUCUACUGUCUCCGGAGACAGAAGAUUCAUCCCCAUUACCGACGGCAGUAUAUCCGGGCCUAAGUUGAACGGCAAGAUCAUACCAAAUUCGGGAGGUGACUGGAACACGGUGCGUUCAGAUGACGUGGUGCAUCUCUAUGCACGAUACUCGAUCCAAGCCGAUGAUGGAACCAUGAUCGGCAUUAUCAACGAAGGCUACGGCCGAGCCAGUCAGAAGGCCAUGAAGUUCGUAUUUGAAGACGCGGAUCCCUCCUCCACGUCAAUGGCAAAUGGGGGCAAGGACUGGUACACGCGCACCAAUCCUAGAUUUGAAGUUUUCCACAGAGAACAAGGAUAUAUCUACUUGAUAUCUAUGAAUUUGGCUUUUUUGGUCCAAAGAGAAAGUAUAACGGAUAGAUCUUCCGGUAGCAAUCAAGAUCGAGCGCGGAAAAAGCUCCGACUGCUCGACUAUCAUGACGCCUAUUACGCUGCCUUCCUUUGUAGGACGCUCUGA